AUGUGUGCACUGGUGCUCCUGUGGGUGUGCAGGGCCUUGCUGGAGCCUCUGAAAAAUGCCCUUUUUGAUUUGAAGUCAAUAAAAGGAAGUGUCCAUAAUUUACAAACUGUUUCUAAGGAUGUCACUUGCAAGGAACUUAAAAACCUAUUGAGUUUCAAUAGUAUUAUGUUAAUUGAUGUUAGACAGAAAUGGGAAAUUGUGGAAUAUGGAAAAAUCCCUGGAUCGAUCAAUAUACCCUUGCUUGAAGUAACUGAAGUCCUACAGAUGGACUCAAGAGACUUCAAGGAGAAGUACUGUGAAGCCAAGCCAUCCCAGUCAGAUAGUCUGGUGUUCCCUUGUUUAGAAGAAGAGAGAGUAAGAAGCAAGGAGGCUCUGGACACAGCAAGAUCUCUGGGCUUUAACAGUGUUAAGCACUAG